AUGUCCUUUCACCACAGUAUCGAUGUAAUCUUGGAGGCUGAUGCUUCGGCGGGAUGGGCCUUCGACAGCCCAGAGCUCUUCCCCUCUAACCUCUCCGUGCCCGGCAUAGUGAAUAAGCACGAUGGAUUUGCCGGGUGCCUCUGUUGCGCGUCGGAAAAUGGACCGAAUCGCGUCAUUCAAUGUCCAGCCCGGAGUCCGAUCCUGUUCGGCCAAGAUCUCAACUUCAGCUUAGUCGAGAUUAAGUGUGCUCAGGAUCGCCUGGAAAUUAUCGGUGUCUGCAGCGGUAUUCUUGUUGUCUCGCUCCCACCGAAUACUCAGCGUGAAAGAGAAGUUGUAAGCUCGGCUGCGAUUGUUCAUAGCGCGAGCUAUUGCGUCAUUGAGUUGGUCUGCGCUGAUGGCUUCCAUGGUGGGUUGAGGGAGUUAUCUUGUAAAGGGAGAGACGUUUGA